AUGUCACUAUUUAAAACACCAUUUAGUGCCUAUUCGUUAGCUUUUAGCCCAUAUGAGCAAGACAAAGUAGCAGUUGCAACCUCUCAGCACUUUGGGGUAGCAGGAAAUGGGGCACUUCAUGUAUUACAGCUUGGGGUUCCUUUUAUGAGAGAAAUAUAUAGAGCAAAUACUCAAGAUAACUUGUUUGAUGUAUGCUGGCUUGAAGGGAAUGAACAUCAGAUAUUGGUAGCGUCAGGAGAUGGGUCGGUGAAGUUAUAUGACUUGGCUUAUCCACAGCCGAUUUUAAAUCUGGUGCAGCAUACUGCAGAAGUAUUUUCAGUCCACUCGAAUUAUAUACCUAUUUAUAGGGAAUAUCUAUUUAAUUGUGUGAAUAUAGUCCUUAUUUAUGUAAAAUACUAAAAAGAUAGCUUCCUAUAGAUAUAUAAUUGCUAAUUAUCAAAAAUACCAAUUCACUAAACAAAUUGUAUCAGGGUCCUAUGAUGCAUCCGCAAAAGUAUGAGACUUAGUCACUGGUGUGUGCACCCACAACUUUGCAGAGCAUUCUUCACAUGUGUACUCCACUAUAUGAAAUCCAAGAAUGUAAUUGCUAGCCUCCCACUUCAAGAGCGAGUAAGGUUUGUUGCUGUUCUUAAAUGGAUUAAUUUUUAUCAAUUCUAAAACAUCCAAAUAUUCGAAAAGUAAAUCUAAUUUGGUUUAUAAAAGUGCGAAGUGUCUAAAAUUUAAUAGAAUUAGUUAUAUAUAAAGCAUUUCAUGUGGAAAAUUUUAUAUUAAUCACCUUUCACUAACACAAAAAUAGUUUGGCUCACCCUUAAAGUUGGGAGUAAGCAGCCCUUUUCACUUUUUAUCUUCAAGCGGAGAUCGAACUGCCAAAAUCUGGGAUACCAGACAGCCUCAAUCAGUUUUAACAGUGCUUGGGCAUGCAGGCGAUGUGCUUUCAUGUGAUUGGGACAAGUACUCUGAAUGCUUUGCAACAGCUUCUACAGAUCAAUCAAUUUCAAUUUGGGUAAAAAUAACUUAGGACCCUAGAAAUACUCAAAGAGCAAUGAUUAUACUAACAGGCCAUUCCCUAGGAAUCAGAAAAGUCAAAUAUUCCCCAUUCUAUGGGAAUAUCCUCGUAUCUGCUUCAUACGACAUGUCAGUCUGCGUCUGAAAUUUAGCAAAUCCAAGCGCCCCUCUAAUUAGACACAUGCAUCAUACAGAAUUCGCCUCUGGGGUCGAUUGGAAUUUAUUUAACGACAAGUAAGAAAUAUGCAGAUUAAUGGGAUCUUGUGGGUGGGAUGGAAAAGUCUGUGUGUGGGACUAUGAUAAGCCAGCUCCUCAAGUUUAA